AUGUUCGCGAAUGAAACUCUCAAAGUCCUUAAUCACUAUCGCGCGAAAAGAUACAGCUCAAACCUCACUCCAGUGCAAAAACGUGGUAUGCGAGAGGUACGAGACCUGAUUAGGUUGAAAACCAUAAGACUUUCCGUUAGUGAUAAGGGUGGAGAGUUUGUCAUAAUUCCUCAUCAGUUAGAUGUGGAGAUAACGAAAAAGCAUCUUGAAGAUGCUUCGCUUUAUCGCCCAUCAUCUGAGGAGGAAUUCAAAAGUAAAUACCGAAAACUAAACCACGAAUGGGCCAAAAUGGCAAGGGCUGCUGGUUUGAAACCAUCAGUUAUCUCUCAACUUAAAGUUGCCUUACCAACAUGCCCCGUCUUCUACUUACUUAUAAAAACUCAUAAGUUAGUAUCCAGCGAUGAUCUCGCGUCUACCGAUCUAUCACUAUUUAAGGUUAGACCUAUCAUUAGCUGUGUAGACGGGCCAACGGACAGGAUAACAUGGUUUUUAACCCUAAUAUUUAACCAGUUGUUGAAACACAUUCCAGCCCAUCUUACGAAUACCCAGAUGUUUCUGGAUCGUCUACGUACUGCGCAGCCCAACAGCGCGUGCGUGAUGGAGUCCUUCGACGUUACCGCCCUUUAUACAAACGUGUCGAAUGACUCCGCAAUGCAAGCCAUAUACGAACUCCUUACCCAACACGAAGGAGAAAUAAACAUGUGUGGCUUCAAGAUAGAGCACCUGAUGGCACUCUUAAAAGAAUGCUUGAGCUGCUCAAUCUUCAGAUGGUCCGGAAAGUACUACGCUCAAAUAAGAGGGUUGGCAAUGGGACAACGACUGGCUCCAAGCCUUGCCAUUGCAUUUAUGUCUAAAGUGGAGGCACCGGUGACUGAUCUCGGGCCGCUACUCUACUGUAGGCGUCGUCAGAAGGCAAAGGCUCUUCCAAGAGGUGUGGCUAGAUCCGAGAGAGUGGCGUGGGUCACGAGGUCACGCCACAGGUUGCCAUUAGCCCCUAAGCAAUGCGUCGUGCCUGGUAGCAUACCUGGUGGCGUGUCUGAUGGUUAUAAGUUCCACUUAUUCGAAUGUCGUUCAUGCAAAAGGAAGUUUGUCACCCCUUUCUUCGCCAAUUUCCACAUCAAAGAAGGUCUUUGUAAGAAAGAGGAAGGCGAGCUUUGCGAUGAUGGAGGACCGGCUCUGAACGUGGUCAAUCCGGAUGCUGUAGAGUUUUCCUCAUUUUGUCGUCUACAAAAUGCCAUUACAAAAUGCACAGGACUGAUGCUGCACGAGUUACAGUAUGGAGAAGAGGACCUUCUGAAAUGCGCAUGUUUCUAUGGAAAGGGAACUGACUCGCCGGAUUCACCGGAGCCAAUAAUGGUAGAAGAGCGUCAAAUGCAGACGUCGCCUCCGGCAACCGAUUCGACAUCUUCCACGACAGUGACAUCUUUUCCAGCAACGUCACAGACUUCUGCUUCAGAGACGGAUGCGGAGGAAAGGCAGUCAGUCGAAAAUUCCGAGGAGAAGCUGACGUUUGUAUCUGAUGAAGAAAUGCUGACGCUCUUUCCAGACGAGAAGAAGCUGACGUUUGUGUCGGACGAUGAGGAGCAAAUUCAAGGACCUGACUCUCCGGAUUCACCGGAACCGCUAAUGUUAGAAGAGCAUCAGAUGCAGACGUCACCUCCGGCAACGGAUGCGACAUCUUCCGCGAUAGUGGCAUCUUUUCCAGCAGUGUCACAGACUUCUGCUUCAAUGACAAAUGCGAAGGAAAGGCAGUCAAUCGAAAAAUACGAGGAGAAGCUGACGGUUGUAUCUGACGAUGAAGUGCUGAUGCCUCUUCCCGACGAGGAGAAGCUAACGGUUGUAUCAGACGAUGAAAUGCUGACGCUUCUUCCAGAUAAGGAGAAGCUAACGGUUGUAUCAGACGAUGAAAUGCUGACGCUUCUUCCAGAUGAGGAGAAGCUGACGGUUGUAUCAGACGAUGAAAUGCUGACGCUUCUUCCAGAUGAGGAGAAGCUGACGGUUGUAUCAGACGAUGAGGAGCAGGCUCAAUCAUCAGCUCUUCCGAAGGAUGCUGGUGCGGAACGCAGUCUCAUGGCUACAGGCAACACUCUGUCCAAUACCACUCCUUCACGACGCUCGUUGCUUAGUCCUCCUUAUGUUGAGAUGACGGAGGAACGUUUUGAAGGUGCUUCGCUUUAUCGCGCAUCAUCUGAAAAGGAAUUCAAAGUUCGACAUCGAGGAUUGAACAACGAUCGGGUCAAAUUACUUGUCGGAAUUCGUGAGUUAGUAUCCUCUGAUGAUCUGGCGUCUACGGACGCUUCAACCUUCAAGGAUUCAACUCCAUUGUGCAGAGCAGACGGGCUUACCGAUAGAAUGGGGGUGCGGUCAUGGGAAUUGUUCAGCUGUAAGUUAUCGAGUGCUUCGCUCGUGUUGGCGUCGAUUACAUAUCCGUUCCUGCUUUGUUGGACAAUGUUGGACUACUCGUUGGACAAUGACUUACUUUCAAAUGUGUUCUAUUAA